ACUGCAUAGACAUUGCAAUGCCAGAAAUAACAAUAAUUUGAACAAAAUAUCAAAUCAAAGUUCUUGCUUAGUCUAAUCAAUUCUUGCAUAGCCAAAAGGUUACAAUUAUGAGAUAAAAAUGACUAGACCUCUUUUGAGAUGGGCAUUAUGGUACAUAAAUAUUUGGGUCUGCUGAAGACAAAAAAUUAAGCUGUUAAUUAAGGAUUGAUCUGAUGGUGUUCCACAGUCGAGACAUACCGGUAGAGAUGAAUGAGAGAUAAGUAAAUAGACUAGAAGAGACCGUAAAAUGUUAAGUCCAGGUUCUCUGUUACAAACAGAAUGGUAUAAAACUAGAGAAGGUCAAGAUAUGCUGGCUCCGUUAUUCCAUAGAGAUGGUUUUAGCAGGAAAACAUUUGGUUUAUUAGAAAGGCCAAGUUAUCCCCCCAGUAAUCCACCAGAAGAAGUUACAUAUAAAUUAUUUAUGGUUGGUAAAUCAAGUGUUGGUAAGACAAGCACUGUCUGUAAACUAGGUGGUUAUUCCAUUCCAACAACACACAGUGAAACACCAGGUGUGCAGGUAUCAACUGUUUACUGGCCAACUAGAAUAACUCAACUUAAUAAAGUAUUCUUAUUUAAACUUCAACUUUGGGAUGCUGGUGAAAACUCACUCAAAAAAUUUGAUCAUAUUUUAAGUUCGUGUACAGACAAGACAGAUGGUAUUUUAUUCCUUUUCUCAUUUAUAGAUAAAGGAAGUUUUGAAGAAUUACCUCAGUUUCUAACUAAACUCACUAAUCCUGGUGAUAAUUUAUGUAAAAUAGUCUUAGGUACUAAAUUUGAUCAACAUGCUCAUAGUGAAGUAACACAACGAGACAUCCGUGACUUUGAGAGCACAUGGAACAUUCCAAUUCUCCGCAUUAAAAAUGUGCCCCAUUAUAAUCAAACUGAAGCUGAGAAUGAAGUGUCUGAGUUAGUGCCCAUAUUAAAUACAAUAUGUGAACAUUUGUGGUACAGAGAUAUUGUCACUGCACAACAAGAAAAGGCAUACUUUUAAAGUAUAGACUUGUUUAUAGUUAAUUAUUUUUGUGUUCGAUUGAAGCUGUUCUGUUUUAUAUUCAGCUUCUGUUAAUUACAAUUCUGGUCAGAUUUUGAAACAGGAUUUACUAUUAUGAAGAAGGAUGUAGAUCUCCAAGUUUACUUGAAUGUUACUAAAGAAGGGACCAGUCAAUGAAGAUGUGUCCGGGACUUCCAUCGCAAGGAAAUAUGAGAUGUGUUGGAUGUCCAGGAUAAGCAACACAAUCAACAGAAGUAAUUAUUAACAGCACGAUUUGUUAUUCAUUUUUACACCAUAGCCCUCUUUUACAUAUUUUGUACUUGAACUAUGUAUAGCUAUACUGUCAUUAAUUAUAUAUAUUAUUUACCAUGUCAA